AUGGCGGAAGUCGAAGAUUACGAGACAAAAGAUGAAUCUCAAGCUGCAGCUAACGCGCGCGCUGUCACUGAUGAAGCAAUUCUAGCGCAAAUGGAGCAGAUCAAGACUGAGAUUGCAGAGGCAAAGUCUCUUAUUGGCAACAUGGAGGACGUAUCAGUACUUCGGGCAGUUUAUGACUCUAAAGACACAGUCUAUCAGCAGAAAAUUCAACACCUGAUGAGUAAGUAUUCGAAAGUCAGACAAAUCAGACCAGACGGCAACUGCUUUUUUCGAGCGGUUUCCUUUGCAUACUUGGAAAGACUAAUUCAUGAUCCUUCAGAUUAUGCGCGGUAA